UUGUUUAAAAUAUGUUUUCAAAAUUUUCAGACAAUAGAUGAAAUAGUUAAGUAUAAUGUUUUAUGGGAUUCUAAAGCCUAUGGAAAAAGUAAUCAGCAAAACAUCGCUCUAGCAAUCUUUAGUGCAUAGAAUAAAAUAGAUACCUUCAAAAUGCAAUCAUGCAACCAAAUACUUCAUGAAAGCACCAAAAAUUAUUGCGAAUUAGACGAUUGUACUAAGGAGCUAAUUCGUGCUGCUAUUGCUGCUCGCAAACAAUCCUAUAGUCCUUACAGUAAAUUCAAAGUAGGAUCAGCAUUUCGAACAAAAAGCGGUCGCAUAUUUUCCGGCUGUAAUGUUGAAAAUGUUGCCUUUUCUCCAACUUGCUGCGCAGAGAGAACCGCACUGUUGAAAGCAAUCAGCGAAGGUGAACGAGAAUUUGUAGCGGGAGCAGUGGUAGCAUAUCAAGAAAGUGGAGAUCUAACCACACCUUGUGGAGUCUGCCGUCAGUUUAUUGUUGAGUUUGCGAAUGAAGAUAUUGCUUUAUAUAUAACUAACGAUAAAGAUGGUGAAGAAAAACAAAAUGAUGAUGAAGUUCUAUGCACAUCGAUAUAUAAUUUGCUACCAUAUGGCUUUAGUAAAUUCUAAUCACAAGAGUUGUUUUCUAUAGUACAACAUAACAAUAUUAUUCACCUUGUCUCUUUCUUCCCUUCAAAUUCUGUCUCAGAUUUGACUGUCUUUUCCACUCCUUUCCUUAUUAGCUGUUUAAAAUAGAUGUCAAAAUAAAGGCAUGGUUUAGUAUGGACUCGAUCGCGUACAUCACACUGCGGGAGAAAGAGAAGCUGGGGUCUGGUAGGAAAUAAGAGAUGAAGAAAGAGAUGAUCAAAUUCUUAGUUAUACAGUUUUAAUAUUCAUUUUUUAAUUCGCCACUUUAUAUUAAAUAACAGACAAAAUAAAAUAGAA